AUGCAGCAGCUGCAGACGAGGACAGUCCAAGUAAAACAACUAUCAGAUCUAGCUAGUGAUAGAGAAAUUCACGAGUUCUUCUCAUUCUCUGGAGAAAUCGAACGCAUUCAGAUCCAACGUGAGCCUGGACAAUCAAAGACUGCAUUUGUUACUUUCAAGGAUCCCAAAGCUCUUGAAAUCGCGUUGUUGUUAUCGGGAGCAACAAUAGUAGAUCAGAUCGUGAUUAUAUCUCCAGUUGAAAAUUAUGUACCAAAAACUGAGGUGCUGGAAGUAAGGAUGGUGGAAAGUGCUGUUUGUGCUGCUCCUGGUGGAAUUCUUUCACCAAAUGCUGAGGAUAGAAAUAGCUCGCCUACCAAUGGAAGGGUGUAUGUUAAUAGAGCACAAGAUGUGGUGACCUGUAUUGUCGCGAAAGGUUCAGCUAUUGGACAAGAUGCCGUGAACAAGGCUAAAGCAUUUGAUGAAAAACAUCGGUUGACAGCAAGUGCAUCAGAGAAGGUUAUUUCCUUUGACAAGAGAGUGGGUCUCACAGAGAAAUUAACAGUAGGCUUUUCCGUGGUUAAUGAGAAAGUGAAGUCUGUUGAUCAAAGGCUUCAUGUCUCAGAUAAAACAAUGGCAGCAAUAUUUGCAGCAGAGAGAAAAUUGAAUGAUACGGGGUCAGCUGUCAAAACAAGCAGGUAUGUGACUGCUGGAGCAGCCUGGUUAAAUGGUGCUUUUGGUAAGGUGGCAAAGGCGGGACAGGCUGCAGGUACGAAAACCAGAGAAAAGUUCCAUAUGGCUGUGUCAAACUUGACUGCAAAGGAACCUCCAAUUGCUGCAUAA